GGGGGCAUGCGCCGCCCCGCGGCCCCGCCGCGCCCCCGCCGCCCGCCGCCGCCCGCCAGGGGCUAGAGGCGCCGCCGGAGACAUGUCCAGGAGGAAGCAGAGCAACCCCCGGCAGAUCAAGCGGUCCCCUGGAGGCACGGAGGUGGGAGAGGAGACCAUGGCUGCAGACACCCCCCGGCCCGAGGGGCAGCCACCGAGCCCGAGCCCGGAGGACCCCGAGCCAGACGCCGCAGGGGAGACGGACGCUCAGGGCCCGGGUGCCGAGCCCCAGACCCCGCCCCCGGGGAGCCCUGGAGGUGCCGAGCCGGAGUCCCUGGAGCCUCGUGAGGAGCAAGAGGGCGCCCCCAGCUGGAGCGGCCCAGAUGAGCUGGAGCUGGUCCUGCGGGAUGGGCAGAAGUGUGUCCGGGCACGAAGCAGCCUGGCUGAGGGCCUGGCCUGGGGUCCUUUCUGCGGCAGCAUUCAGAGCAAAGCCUCAUCCCCUGGGCUGUCAGAACCGGGCCUGGUGCUGACCCAGCUGCAGGAGGACCAGGCCAGCUGGCUGCAGAUGCUGCCGCGGGCGCCCAGCACCGCUGAAGCCAACGUGGAAAUCCACAGGAAGGAUGGGGCUCUGUGGUGCAGGCUGACCAGGCCGGUGCCGGCAGGCGGCCUGCUGCAAGUGUGCCUGGUGGCCGAGCCCAGCCCCCCCGUGAAGGCGCCCGCACACCCCGACAUCCAGCUCCUGCCCCAGCAGGCUGGCAUGGCCUCCAUCCUCGCCACGGCAGUGGUCAACAAGGACGUCUUCCCCUGCAAGGACUGCGGCAUCUGGUACCGGAGCGAGCGGAACCUGCAGGCCCACCUCCUCUACUACUGCGCCAGCCGCCAGGGCGCCGGGACCCCCGCCGCAGCCGCCGCCGACGAGAAGCCCAAGGAGGCGUACCCCAACGAGCGCGUGUGCCCCUUCCCCCAGUGCCGCAAGAGCUGCCCGAGCGCCAGCUCCCUGGAGAUCCACAUGCGCAGCCACAGCGGGGAGCGGCCCUUCGCCUGUCUCAUCUGCCUGUCUGCCUUCACCACCAAGGCCAACUGCGAGCGGCACCUGCGGGUGCACACGGACACGCUGAGCGGUGUGUGCCACAGCUGCGGCUUCAUCUCCACCACGAGGGACAUCCUCUACAGCCACCUGGUCACCAGCCACAUGGUGUGCCAGCCGGGCGCCAAGGCCGACGCCUUCUCGCCGGGGCCCGCCGCGGCCACGCUGCCCCUCGACGCACCGGCCACCUUCGCGCAGCACGCCGCCCUGCAGCACGGCGCCCGGGCCGCGGCCGACCGGGGCCUGGCGCCCACCCCGCCCCCGGGACCGGACGGGCAGGCGCGGGCGGAGGCCACCAACGGCGAGGCCCCCCAGAACGGGGGCGGCAGCGAGCCCCCCGUGGCUCCCCGGGCCAUCAAGGUGGAAGCCGAGGAGCCGACGGCCGAGCCGGGGUCCCCGGCGCCUUCGCGGACCCCGUCCCCGCGCAGCCCGGGCGCCGCCCGGGUGAAGGCCGAGCUGCCCAGCCCCACGCCCGGCUCGAGCCCCGGGCCCGGCGAGCUGGGCCUGGCGGCCGGGACGCUCUUCCUGCCGCAGUUCGUGGUGGACGCGGGCGCGGCGCCCCCCGCCUCGGAGAUCCUGGCCAAGAUGUCCGAGCUGGUGCACAGCCGCCUGCAGGGCGCCGCGGGCGCGCCGGGCCUCUUCGCGGGGGCCCCCAAGGGCGCCACGUGCUUCGAGUGCGACAUCACCUUCAACAACGUCAACAACUUCUACGUGCACAAGCGCCUGUACUGCUCGGGCCGCCGCGCGCCCGACGACGCGGCCCCGGCCCGCCGCGCGCGCGCGCCCCCCGCGCCCCCCGCGCCGCCGCCCGCCUCGCCGCCCGGGCCCGGCGCGCGCGACGACGACCCGGGCCGCGCGGCCACGCCCGAGCCCGACGCGGCGGCGCGGGGCAGCGAGGGCAGCCCGAGCCCGGGCAGCGGGGCGGACGAGGCGGACGCCGACCCCCGCCGGACGCUGUGCGAGGCCUGCAACAUCCGCUUCAGCCGCCACGAGACCUACACGGUGCACAAGCGCUACUACUGCGCCUCGCGCCACGACCCGCCGCCGCGCCGGCCCGCGCCCCCCGGCGCCCCCGGCGCGCCCGCGCCCGCCGCGCCGCCGCUGCGCACGCGCCGCCGCCGCCGGCCCGGCGACCCGCCGGCGGCAGGCCCCGCCCCCGAGCCGCCCGCCUCGCCCCCGCCGCCCGCCGCCGACGGCCCCAUCGACCUGAGCAAGCGGCCGCGGCGCCCGGCGCCCGAGCCGCUGCCCGCGCUGGCCGACUACCACGAGUGCACGGCCUGCCGCGUGAGCUUCCACAGCCUCGACGCCUACCUGGCGCACAAGAAGUUCGCCUGCCGCGCCGCGCCCGCGCGCCUGCGCGCCGGCGCCGAGGACGCGCCCGUCGCCUGCCCCUACUGCCCCCCGAACGGGCUGGUGCGCGGGGACCUGGUGGAGCACUUGCGCGCGGCGCACGGGCUGCGCGUGGCCGACGCCCGGGCCCCGUCGCCCGCCGCCGCCGCGCCCCGGGACAGCCCGCAGGCGGGGGCCGCCGAGCGCCGCGAGCCCGCGGCCCCGGACAGCAGCCCCCGGCCCGGCCCGCCCGCGUCCCCCGCGCACUCGGACAAGGGCGUGCAGACCCCCGUGCCCAACGGCGGCCACCGGUUCUGCCGCCUGUGCAACAUCCGGUUCAGCAGCCUGUCCACCUUCAUCGCGCACAAGAAGUACUACUGCUCGUCCCACGCGGCCGAGCACGUGAAGUGACCGCCGCGCGGCCCCGCGCCCAGCCUUGGCACUUAAUAAAGGAGUUCCGUUUGCGGAC